CUGGCAAUAAGCAGCCCGCUGCUGCAGCAUGGCAUUAAUAGACUGAGAUACAUGGAUGCGAGCAGAUCCGUGCUGGUUGCAUGCGAUUUAAAUCUCCCAUGCAUUAGUGCGCGGUUCUGCUGCAGCUCCUCUCCUCCUGCCGGUCCGCCUGCCUGACUGCCUGCCUGCAGCCGGUGUCGGGUCGCCGGUAACUCAGCUCCUCUGCAGGGCUGCGUAGCUCAUGACUGACAGAGAGAUGAGGGGUGGGGACGCAGGGUGGGGUCACAAGCAGGGAGAGGCGGAGGAGGAAAAGGCAGAGAGAGAGAGCCCAACCCUUGAAUACACGGCAACAACACGCCGUCAGAGAGAGAGGGAGAGACACAGAGAGACUGGCUGUUUUUGGGGGAGCAAAGGGAGCCUUCGACGCUGCGGAUAUGAACUGAAAAGAAACACUGGAAGAGGCAGGGAUCGUGUUCCUAUAUCCCGAAAUUUUACUGUAAAGGUGGAAAACUAGUCCCCCCCAAACCCUCAUCUCUCCCUUCUUAUUCAGAUAGAGGUAACGUUACACCCAAAGCCCCGACCGACCCCCUCCUGCUCCUGCUGCUCCACCCCUUCGCCGCUGCACCGCUCCGGCAACCGAGAUGCACACGGAGACCCGUAACAAGAAAUGCCAGUCGACUCCUAAGCAGAAGAAGAGUGCCAUCGGCGCCCAGAAGAAGCAGAGGAGCCCGGCCAAGCAGAGCGCCCUGACCCCACAACAACAACCGCCGCCCUCGUCAUCACCACAGCCGCCCGCAGCCCGGGAAGAGGAGGAGAAGGAGGAGGAGCCGGCGACCGGGCCUCGGCUGCUGCAGGAGGAGGAGGAGGAGGAAGCAGGGGAAGAAGAGCGAGAGGAAGUGGCGACACCGUCUGUGAAGAAGAAGGAGGAAGAGGAGGAGGAGGAGGAGGGCGAGAUAGACAUGCCCUCCAUACAGAUCAAACCAGAGCCAGAGGAGAUGGAGUGCACGGCAGAUGAAGGUGACAACUGUUCGCAGCCAACAGACCUGAAGGUGAAGACGGAGCCGCCAGUUUGCAAGACAGAGCCCUCUUCACCUCAGCCAUGCCCUGCAGAGGACCAGACCGAACCUGUUGACCUGUCACUCAACAAGCCCCGCUCCUCUUCGCUCCCUGCUUCCACAACAAGCACCACAGUCAACCCUGCACCCAGCGGUGCCGUGACCCAGCCCAGCCUGUCGGCUACACCGGUCCCAUCUGCGGUCCAAUCGAUAGGCUCCAUGGUCCUCUCUCCAGGCUCCAUCUUGGCCACUCAAGGUGCCGGGGGCCAACAGAUCCUCCACGUUAUCCAUACAAUCCCCUCGGUCAGCAUGCCCAGCAAGGUGGGCCAGCUCCAGACCAUUCCCGUGGUGGUGCAGUCGCUGCCUGUUGUCUACACCACCAUGCCUCCUGACGGCGUCGCCACGGCAGCCAUUACAGUGCCGCUCAUAGGCAGUGAUGGGCGCUCAGAAGGAUCUGUUCGUAUUAAGCCAGGUUCAACGUCUCCGGUGGAGUAUCAGAGUGACAGCGAUGCAGAGAGCGGCACAGAGUCCGGAUCGGCCUCCCUCAGCGCCCAGAGCCUCGACGCCGGGUCGGUUAUGGACUUAGAGCCUGUCGAUCCAGAUUCACCAGACAUCAAGAGGAGGCGGAUCCACAUGUGUGACUAUGAAGGCUGUAAAAAAGUUUACACCAAGAGUUCCCACCUCAAAGCCCACAGGAGGAUACACACAGGAGAGAAGCCCUACCACUGUACCUGGGAGGGCUGCACCUGGCGCUUCGCCCGCUCCGAUGAGCUGACUCGACACUUUCGCAAGCACACGGGGAUCAAACCUUUCCGCUGCACCGAGUGCGACCGCUCCUUCUCCCGGUCUGACCACCUCUCCCUGCACCGCCGCCGCCACGUAAUGAUGUGAACUCUGACACCCACAACUCCCCACAAACCUGCCCUAUAAACCAACCUCUUACCCCUCAACAUCUCAAAGUCCCUCACAGCACAUUUUGUACCAGUACCCUCCACCUCACACGAAUCUCUGCUACUUCUUAUUUCAUCAGGAUUUUAAACCCUAUCAGCAGAUAAAUAAAGACACUGUACCUCCUU